AUGGGUUGUGAAGUUUCCAUUCAAGACAUUGCAAUGAAAGAUAAUCAAAAGGGGAUGAUUCUUACUUGCUUUCCAGGAGAGGUUAUCAUAAAAGGCGGAAGCAACAGACAGUAUAAAUUUGAUCAAGGAAUUUUAUCAUGUAAGAAGAUUAUUCUGAUGAAUUUGAAAAGAUGCACAGUAUAUAUUAAUGAUCUUGUUGACAAAGUAGAUAUUAAAAACUGUGAAGAUUGCUCAUUUGCAGUAGGAACUUCCAUGAAUAUGUUAUUAAUUUCAGAAUGCAAUAACUGUCAAGUGACUGCAGUUUGCAGACAAUGUAGAGUUGCAAAUUCAGCAGAUUGUUCAGUUUUCCUUCACACAUAUAAAAGAUCUUUUAUUGAAAGAUCAAAAGGCAUCAUUUUCGGUUGUGGAACAUAUUCAUAUAAAGGAAUUAUUCAACACAUGCGAGAUGCUAAUCUUGAUGUUUAUAUAAACGAUUUUCAUGAAGUUUUAGAUGUUACACCAGGAUUUUGUGAGUUUAAAAUAGAAGAUGGUCUCAAAUCAACAAUUAAAUCUCUCGAUGGUUCAAGAUUAUUACCUUUUUUCUUCUUACCCAAAGAGUCUUUAGCUCACACAUUGGAAUUCAAAGAGAGUAGUUGGCUUGAGCUUGUAAAUAGGUCAUUUUCUGAAGGAUUCAAGCUCACUGGAAUUAGAAAAUUUGGACAUGUUAUCCAAGCCAGUUACUUUAAAAGUCUAAGAAAAUUGAGUUUCAUUGCUGUCUCGCAAUCCUAA